AUGCCGCGGUGGUGCCAUGGAUUCCUCCUGCUUGGUGCUUGCAGCAUCCAAGCUACUGUCGGCAAUGAAGCUUGCCAAGCCGUGGAGUCCACGACGCUGAUUCAAACACGAUCGGCAAACAGCCGGACUGUGUCCAAGAGCGCGGAUGUGGGCAACCAGACGGUCAACAAGGCGUUGCGGGCAAAUGUGUCUGAAGAAGAUCCACCGACAUCUUUCGAAACGGCUGUGUCACAGACCAUUUUCGGCAACAGACAAACGGAACAUGCAGUAAUGGUGGCGGUCAUGCUCUUGAUUGGCAUUGCAGCCUUCGAACUUGUCCACUUGGAUUGCACCGGGGUGGACCUGACAUCUCCGUUUCACUUGUUCGACGACGUUCAAAGGCAGCAGUCGCAAGCCAAAGAAGGACCUCUCAGAGGAGCUAUGCGCUUGUGGAAGUUGUAUCUAACCGAGCGGUGGAGGCUAAGUGCUGUUUGCAUCGGGCUGAUCAGCGCCAUGAUCCUGAUGUCCCAAUAUGCAAACCUGCUGCUCGUGGACUGGGCAGACAAGUUCUGGGGAAAAUUGUCUGACUGGAACUCGGCCAAGGAUGGCAUGAUGCAUUGGUACCAGCUCCAGGCGCUUUGCGCACAAUUCUUGAUGUAUGCUCUCAUGGCACUGUUUGCGACUGCCUACCGCUACUACUUGACGUCCAUGUUCGUGUUGCUGGUGCGCGAGAACGUCACAGAGCGCUACACCUCGAAUUGGCUGUCCGACUUUAGUUCCUACAGGCUGGAAUUGACGAAGGGACAAGAUGGUGCGGACGCUAGCAAUCCAGACCAGCGAAUCCAGGAGGAUGUGCAGGUCUUCAUCUCAAGUUCCGUCGACCUUUCAGUCGGAGCGGUCAACAGUCUGCUGCAGUUCUUCAUGUUCUCGAUGAAGACGUACACACUCUCCCCUCAGAACGUGUUUGGUUACGAAGGCCUCCACUUCCCAGGCUGGUUGCUGUGGUUGGCUAUUUUGUAUGCAGGUGUCUCCACCUAU